AUGAGUGGUGUCCCUCAAGGCUCUGUACCGGGACCAAUAGUAUCUCCCUUCUUCCUCAGUGACAGAGACGCUGGAAUCGAACGCACUCUCGGCAAGUUUGCAGAUAUUCAGGCAGAUGUUGACCAACACCUUCCAAGCCUGCAGCGUUGCCUGGGCUUGAUGUGGCCCAAGCGCAGGAGGCGCUGGUCAGAAAAUUACUGCUUCCAGAGAGGGCCUCUGGGCCUGAGGCAGUGCGGGACUACUAUAAAAGGCAGCCCAACUCUCUGCUCUCCCAUCCACUUCUCUCGUCUCCUUCUCCUUGGCAGCCAGGUGCACCUCUUGCCCACAGACAUGUCCUGCUGUAGCCCGUGCCAGCCCUGCGGCCCCACCCCGCUGGCCAACAGCUGCACUGAGCCCUGUUGCAGGCAGUGCCAGAGCUCCACCAUCGUCAUCCAGCCCUCCGCCGCAGUGGUGACCCUGCCCGGCCCCAUCCUCAGCUCCUUCCCGCAGAACACCGUUGUGGGCUCCUCCACCUCCGCUGCCGCCGGCAGCAUCCUCAGCAGCCAGGGAGUGCCCAUCUCCUCCGGGGGCUUUGACCUCUCCUGCCUUACCAGCGGCUACUGUGGCAGCAGGUGCCGCCCCUGCUAA